AUGGAUGAAUGUGUGGGUAAUGCUGAGCAAAAUGAGAAUGAUGACAAGGAAAAUGCUGAUAUUGAUGAUCAUAAUGAAGAUGUUGAAGAUGUAGACAUAGAAAAUCAUAGAACUUUGGCUUUUUGUGGAAGUAAUGAGAAGAUCCAUGAUAUAAACAAUGGAAAUUUUAUGGGCCAAGUGGAAAUGAUUGCAGAGUGGGAUCCAGUUAUGAAGGAGCAUGUUCGAUGUAUGGAUGAUAAAGAGACUCAUUAUCAUUAUCUUAGUCAUAAGAUUCAAAAUGAAUUGAUACUUUUGUUAGCUUCUGAGCUCAAAAGUGCAACCAUUAAAAAGAUUGAAGAAGCUAAAUAUUUUUCUGUGAUUCUUGAUUGUACUCCAAAUGCUAGCAACCAAGAACAAAUGAGCUUGAUAGACAAGGACUUUUUGAAGAGUUGCAAACGGUGUUGCAAAAACUUAAGAGUUGCACAAGGCUAUGACAAUGGAUCAAAUAUGAGUGGGAAAUACCAAGGUGUCCAAAGAAAACUUUUGGAUGUAAAUCCUAGAGCAUUGUACACACCUUGUGGUUGUCAUAGUCUUAUUUUAACACUUUGCGAUAUUGCAAACUCUUGUGGAAAAGCAAAAGAUUUUUUUGGAAUCAUACAACGUAUUUAUACAUUGUUUGCUAAUUCUACAAAGCGGUGGAAGAUAUUGAAAGAUAAUGUUAAACACUUAACUCUGAAAUCAUUGUCAGUUACACGUUGGGAAAGUAGUAUUGAAAGUGUAAGAGCAAUAAGAUUCCAAGCUGCAGAUUUAAGAGAAGCUUUACUUCAGUUAGCAGAAAGUGACGGUGACUCCAAAAUAACAAGUAAAGCUAAUUCUUUGGCAACAUAUGAACUUGGAAAUUUUGAGUUCUUAUUGGGCAUGGUUACUUGGUAUGAUAUAUUAGGUGCUGUCAAUGUAGUUAGCAAAAACUUACAAUCUGAAGACAUGCUUAUUGAUGUUGCUAUUGAUAAAGUGAAAGGGUUGAUUACUUUUUUUGAAAAGUAUAGAGAAAAUGGGUUUACAGAAGCUAUGUGUACUGCUAAAGAAAUUGCUACUGACAUGGGAAUUGACCCGGUGUUUCCUGAGAAGCGAAAAAUUCAUAGAAAAAAACAUUUUGAUGAGAAUACUUGUGAGCCAUCCCAAUCAGUUCCUGAAUCAGCUGAAGAAAAGUUUAGAAUUGAUUAUUUCUUGUAUUUAGUGGAUCAAGUUAUUGGUUCUUCAGAGAAGUUAAAUUCAUUGGAUGAUUGCCAUUUGAAGAAUAGUUGCAGUCAUCUGGAAAGCAUUUUGAAAUGA